AUCCCUUCUGUUACCAAAUUCUUCAACCGUUCGGUAGUUGCCCUUGUUCAUCACCAAUUCCAUUUCGAUUUUUGGCUCACCCAACCAUCACAAAUAGAAACUCACUAUCGCAAAACAAACAAACUACAAACCCAGAUAAGGGAAAAAGGUUGUUAUCUCUGUUAAGUUUCCGUGUGUGAGAUUUUCAGAAUUUGAAUAUGGCGUUAGGGUUUGAGGGUUAUAGUUAUACAACAACACUUGGAAGGAAAAGGGUUGUGUUAUUACACAGUGAAGCUUCUUCUCUCAACUCCAAUUCACCGGUGAAUUCAUUGAAGAGAAUGUGUAGCAAGAAAUUCACAUUUGACUCUGAAAGGUCUCGCCUUGAGGCCCUUCCUCUUGAUGUUCUGAUAAGGGUGUUGUGUGGUGUCGAUCAUGAAGAUUUGAAGCAACUUGUUCGAGUCUCAAAAACUGUUAGAGAAGCGGCUGAGGUUGCUAGGAGGAUGCAUUUUGAGUAUAGCACUCCAAAGAAGAAAAAUUUUGCUAUUCCUAAACCGUUUGAUAUAGAGGGAGCUGGUGGGUUUGAGGAAAUUGAUACUCCAAAAGCCCCAUCGAAGAAACCUAAGUCAAAGCUGAUUGGUAAGAAUCUAGCAAGCAUCUCAGUGGCAUUGUUUGCUUCCCCUAAUUAAGAACACAGUGACUGGACCAAGGAAAAAGAAGCAACUUGUGAUGGCACCAGACAAUUUCUCUUGCUUUGAAUAGUUCUGUGGACGGAUAGUAUUUAUUUUUGUUAUGUGUAUAUUAGUUGUUGGUAGAUUAGAAAGGGACUUGAUACAUACUUAGAAGAUCAGUAGCUGAUUUCACACGUUUUGAAGUAGUCUUUACAAGCCAAAUCUUCUUCAAUUCCUUCAUUGAAGAUUGCUUUGACUUGUUUGCAAUCUUUCUGUAUAUCUAUAUACAAAUAGAAAGUGGGAUAGAUUUAUAGUGAUUAUUAUUUGGAGGGAAAUCCUUGGUCCUUCUAGUAUGAUAAAUUUAACUGUGCACAGUCCAUUAAGCAUAGUCUCUGUGCUUCUCUAAUAAAAUGAGUAAAGUUUCCACUAUUAUGAUUUGAUUAAA